UUUCAUUUAAAAAGACUAAAGACAUGUAAAUGUUGGAUUUUUUUCUSGAUAUAUAGAUAACUUUCAUUGCUUUUCGUCUGAAAUUAUUGCAUGUUUAUCAGCCAUAUUUGUAGUUGUAAUUCCUGUCUAAUUCAAGUUCCGGUGAGACAUGCCCAGUUAGUACCCGCUAUGUAAUACCAUUUUGAUUUUCCGACUAGAUUGCUGAGUUUUUGUCCAGUGUUGAGUGUUGCUUAAUCAUAGUCGAACCUAAAGGAAAGCAAAAAUCCCCCUGAAAAACAUCAUUUAAAAAGAUCGAUGUUACUGGGUUAACCGUACGUAAGCCCAAAAUCACUACAUAGUUAUAAUUCAGUUGUUAUUCGCUCCCUUUGAUUAUAGUGGUAAUCAGUCCGUAAUGUACUCAUUUCUUUCUCCAUGGUUUUCCAUUUUAAGAGCAUAAGUUGAAUCGCUUCUUUCCUUACAAAAGAGCCGAACGGAUCGUGACAGGAUUCAGACAGACGAAAUUAGAGCGCGUAAUUAGCAAUGGACAACGUUUAACUGCCACAUUCAUGACAAGAAACCAUAGGACCUGGCCUAGAGAACCAUUAGAGAUCAAAGGAUGAUGUCUUGUCUGUAACGAUAAAGUGUCGGUAAAAACAAAGACCGACGCCCAAAGACCUACGUCCAAUCACAGCAUUGAACGACUCGUCAGUACGGUUGGACUAAAAUCACUCGAUUCUAGGGAUCAAUGAUUUCGUUAGCGCAAAGACGCGAUCCAGUCAAGAAAAAAGCAUGAGACUCCUUGCCCAUAUUGGAAUUUUCCUUGGGUUGAUGUCUCGUUGGGUUGCGACGGACAACGCUACGGAUUUCUGCAUAAAGAAAUGUUUUGGCAAGAUCCCUAGUGUAGAAACAUGUAAUAUCUGUUGCAACCGAUUAGUAAACUUAACUAAAACAGAUAACAGUACCGAUAAAGAAUUCCUUCCACCCGACAGACAAGCAAUUCUAAGAUACAUCCCGCCUGUACCAGACUCUCCUUACUUCRUAUCCCAUACACACAAUAAUAUAACGGUCGCAUGGUCUCCUGGGAUAUAUCUCGAGACCCCCGUACUAUACAUUGUCGAGAUAAAGAGAAACCAUAGUGAAGACGACCCAAUGAUCAUAUUACCAGACUAUCAAAAGUACCACGUGGUGCCCAACAAUUCAUUCACAAGCACGUCAUUACAAAGUAAAACCAACUACAGCAUGAGAGUGGCAGCCAUGUCACAGUACGGAACUCGAGGAUUUUCAACUUUCAGUCCAAACUACGAAACAAACUAUACCUGUAAUGCCGAGUUAACGUUAAAUGCAACAAGUAUAAUACGAAACUUUUGUAGCGUAACCAACCUAAGGGUUCGUGUAACGACUGACAUUUAUCAAAAUACCCAACUUGGGCGACCUAAGCAACUAACGMAGUCCUGGAUUUACUGGAAAGUACAUCAGGAUAAAUAUACCCUUCCACUAAAUGCAGUUCAACUUGAAGUAAAGCCGCUGUACAGUUCAUUAUCAGACUGUGGGCGCUUCGGCAUCGGAUCCUCGAUAAGCAAAUUUCCCCGUGAGCUCACGACGGAAUACGUCCACUUCAAUGAAACGGAUCGAAGUGGAAGAAACAUCAUGUACAUGGGAUGUCGAUACAAAAUAAGCUUUAUAUUACGGCACGAGGUAUCUUACAACAAGGCCAUCCUCACCACAGCGACAUUCAGCAUCCCAGAAUGUAUCCAAGGGAUUUGUGCUUGUAAAGCUACAGAUUGGAGGCCACAACCAGUCCCUGAUGACAUUCCAAACUCCGAACACGUCACUGUAUCCAAUUAUCAGCCAGUCAGAUCAAACUAUACCAAUAUUACUUUGAGUUGGAGCAAUGAACCCUGGGAAGGAAAGGCUGUCUUCUUCAGGAUAGCGUUGAUGUUGCAUUUCUCGACAAUCGUCUCUGGGAAAUGCAGUAGUCCAAACGUGGCGAGGUUAUUGAAUGUAACAGGAAAGGUAGCUCCCUAUAAGGUAACUUUUGUGGGCGUUCAAAGAAAUUGCCGGUCCUACAUUAAGAUCGGUGCUUUCGAUAUUUCGGGCUGCGAAAUUGCUAACCAAGAAAUAUUCUCCAUCGAAGGUCCUAUGACAACCACUCAUCAAACUACAACAUUUAGUAACUCGUCUUUGAUUACGAAUCUUCCAACAAUAUCUACCAGUAAGAUUGCUGAACUUCUUGGGUCCACUGACGCCAAUAGAGACACUGCAUUGAUUGUAGUAUCGAUCGUCGUCCCAACGAUUGUCAUUGUCGUUGCCGUCUUACUUAUCUUACUAUUUGUCUACAAACGAAUCAAAAACAAACCAACGUUGGUUCCUCGAACCCCACCUGGUCUGCAGCUUCGACGGCGGAACGAAACGACAUCAGAAGGCUCUCAACUACCUCAUGUCUAUCAACGGAAUAUAGAUACGAAUUCAACCCUCAUCAAUGAAUGUUCCAGUCUACUGGUUCAUCUCCCUCCAAAAUGUAUCAACGGAGGUCUGGAGCUUAACCCUGCAUACGUCGAGCAGCAGAUACAAGAAGCAAUAAGACUUGGUGAAACAGAUGAAUACGAGUUUGGAUUCCAUAGACUUGUAAUGGGCAGAAAGAUUGGUCAUGGUGCUUUUGGUGACGUGUUUAUUGCUGAUGCAUACGGCAUGAACGGCAAUCCUGAUAAAUCUGUUGUUGCAGUUAAAAUACUUAAAGAUAAUGCAUCACAAGAUGAGAAAGAAGACUUCAAAGCAGAAAUCAACUUUAUGAAGACUAUUGGAAAACAUGAGAAUGUCAUUUCAAUACUUGGCUGUUGUACUCUGUACGAACCUAUCUGUCUAUUAGUACAAUACGCGCCACAUGGCGAUCUUUUACAUUAUCUGCGGAGCUUACGAAAAAAGUUUGAGAUGGAGAAAAAGAAGAGCCUCUUUCUUCAAACUGAGUCGGCAGAAGCUUCUUCGGGAACAAACAGCCCAAAUAAUCGUCAUGUUCCUUCACCAAGCACUGAACGGCACAGGUCGUUUUCAGUUGGUAACCUUGGUCGAGAACUUCUAAAUAUGUUUAGCAGUCAAAGGAGAAACUCCAAGGAGAUUAACUUACUUUAUGUUGGGAGGAAUGAARGUAGCACUGAACGUCUUCCUGGUGACUCUUCUGGCUUAACAAACCAAACCGUUGAAACUACAUUAACAGGAAUGACAAAUAAAAAGCGACCUAGUCCAUUCCCUUCAGAGCGUGUCUCGUUGGACGGGGCACUGGACUCAAGUGAGCUGGAAUCAUUUGCCUAUCAAAUAGCAUGUGGAAUGGACUAUUUAUCAUCAAAGGGAGUCCUUCACCGCGAUCUUGCAGCGAGGAACAUCUUGGUCGGUGAAGACAAAGUUUUGAAGAUUUCAGAUUUUGGACUCUCACGAGAAGGCGUUUAUGUAAAGCGAAGCAAUGGAAAAAUUCCCUUGCGGUGGUUAUCUCUCGAAGCAAUCAGGGAUCGUAUUUAUUCUACGGCGAGCGACAUAUGGGCGUUUGGAAUUGUUCUAUGGGAAAUCUGCACUCUUGGGGGAUUCCCUUACCCAACAGUCAACGAUAGAGAUCUACUCAAGUUUCUAUUGGAUGGCCACCGAAUGGAGAAACCAAGCAACUGCACAGAAGACAUAUAUCAGUUGAUGCGAGCAUGCUGGUCAGCAAACCCAGACGAAAGACCGUCUUUUCAAUUUUUAAAGAAAUCGUUGUUAGACAUGGAAGAAGACGAUCGCCCCUAUGUUAACGUCGAUCCCAGYCAGGAGAUAAGUCUGCCCCCCGAUGAAGGUCAUGCUCGUAAUCUAAUAUGCUUUAGUAAUGAUUCUACCGCUUGUUUUCCCGAUGAUGAUUGUGACGUAUUAAAAUCUGAGGAUCAAAACUGUGAAAGCGAGUCAAGAGAUGCGUCAGUGGGUCAGGAAUUCACUGACACCGAGAAUAACGAAGGACUACAUUUGGGGAAAGAACUUAAUGAAGAAACAAUCAACAACAUCAACAACAACAACGUUGAAUGUCCACCUGAAGAAGAACUUGAACGACAAUUACAUGAAAUGUUUCUCAAUGAAAUUGUAGUUUCAGACUGCGAAACAGACGAUAGUGUAUUCGAUUCAGCCGUGUAAAAUAUUCUGUAAAUAUUAACCGCAUAUGUGUGUGUAUAUACGAAAUGUACUCCAUGGCCUUAUGAUAUUUAAGUUGUGUGAGGCAGCAAUUUUUAUACUGAUCCAGAUAGGAUACAUUUUAAAGCAGAUUAGACAGAUUCGCUGCGUGGCUGUGGAGAGGAAAGAUGCAAGGACURCAACUGUUUCUUUAAACUGCGCCAAGUUGAACCUAUCUUGUAUUUAUUACUAUUUAAACUGAUUCGCACKACAGGAUUGAAAAAGAUUGACUCUUGUAACACUACAUUUAGAUUAUAAAAAUUGCAAGCAGAUCUUUUAAGAAAUAUAGUGAUUUUCUCUUCAACAUUACUAGAAKAAAGGGCCCCAUAACAGGGAUCGUGAGCWUUUACAUCAAACAUUURAAUAUCCAAUGUACAUCAGCCACARAUUUAGACGUUUUCAUAUCUGAUUAUAAUAUACACUGUACUGUACAUAUUCAAUAUCACAACAUGUAAAAAACACACAAAAAAAUAUAACACGAUCAGUGCAAAUAAAGAGAAACUGAACUUCA